GCCGGGAGCUGAGCCUCCUGUUCAUUAGCAGUUGAGAAAAAUUCCUUUCUAGUUUGAUCAAUCCUUGUUUUCCUCGGCAGAGCCGGGGCGCCCGCCCAGCGCGGAGACCGAGAGCGGGGUCUCUCCGCGGCAGGGGCGCCCGGCGCCGGGCCUCGGGGGAGCGCAGAAGUAGCGACGAGGGGGUCAGUCCGGAGCACAGCCGGGGCUUCUCCUCCCUCCCUUUCUGGUUGGCUUUUUUUUUUUUUUUUUUCCACUUCUCUCCCUCCCCCUUCCGUUUCUAUUUGUGAAGGGAGGAGGAAGGCAGAGGCGGGCUGGUGUCUCUGGCCGGGGACUGGAAUUUCAUCUGAAUGACUGCCCCUGCGCGCACGCAGCGCCCCGGAGUCGGCCCGCCUGCGCCCCGCAGCCUGCACCCGCAGACGGCCGGCCGGCCCAGGGGCGCCCGCGCUGCGACCCGGGGACCCGCUCGCUUUGCCCGCCCAGUCCGGAUCUAGCACUUCUCCGCGCGGCCGCACUCGCUUCCCCGGCCUCUCGGACCCCGGUCGAGGCGAGGGAGGCGCGGCGCCGGCGAGCCAGGAGGGAGCCACCAUUGCCGCCGCCGCCCCCGUCGCUGGAGAAAGUGUGCGGCUCCCGGGCUCUGUCCGUCUUGGGGCGCGCCCCAAUGUCAGCCGUGGGGCCGAGCGCAGGCCGCGGGCCGCCGCUGCCCUAGCCGUACCGACCCGGAGGCGGCCUCUUAUAUGGAAUUUGGACCCCGGCGCUCCCCUCCAGGGCUGGUGCCCCGGCCGCGGCCCUGGCGCAGUCCGCUGCCUCCCGCUAGGCGCUCGGGAGGAGGAGGAGACGCAGCCGGCUGCGCGCGCGGCUUGAGGACCGAGGCUCCUUCCUCUGGGGGGCGGGCGCGCGGAAGGCGCUGGUGACUGAGCGACUGUCGGGGCCGCCUGGGGCUGGAGCUCAGGGCUCGGUGGGCCCAGAGCUGCACUGGAAGGACCUCCAGGGUUGGGUAGUUGGGGAGAGCUGCCCGCAGCCGCCAUGGCGGAGAAUUGGAAGAACUGCUUCGAGGAGGAGCUCAUUUGCCCCAUCUGCCUGCAUGUCUUCGUGGAGCCGGUGCAAUUGCCGUGCAAACACAACUUCUGUCGGGGCUGCAUUGGCGAGGCGUGGGCCAAGGACAGCGGCCUGGUGCGCUGCCCCGAGUGCAACCAGGCUUACAACCAGAAGCCCGGCCUGGAGAAGAACCUGAAGCUCACUAACAUCGUGGAGAAGUUCAACGCCCUGCACGUGGAGAAGCCGCCCGCGGCGCUGCACUGCGUGUUCUGCCGCCGCGGCCCCCCGUUGCCCGCGCAGAAGGUCUGCCUGCGCUGCGAGGCGCCCUGCUGCCAGUCCCACGUGCAGACGCACCUGCAGCAGCCCUCUACCGCCCGCGGGCACCUCCUGGUGGAGGCGGACGACGUGCGGGCCUGGAGCUGCCCGCAACACAACGCCUACCGCCUUUACCACUGCGAGGCCGAGCAGGUGGCGGUGUGCCAGUACUGCUGCUACUACAGCGGUGCGCAUCAGGGACAUUCGGUGUGCGACGUGGAGAUCCGAAGGAAUGAGAUCCGGAAGAUGCUGAUGAAGCAGCAGGACCGGCUGGAGGAGCGAGAGCAGGACAUUGAGGACCAGCUAUACAAGCUCGAGUCAGACAAGCGCCUGGUGGAGGAGAAGGUGAGCCAGCUGAAGGAGGAAGUGCGGCUGCAGUACGAGAAGCUGCACCAGCUGCUGGACGAGGACCUGCGGCAGACAGUGGAGGUCCUGGACAAGGCCCAGGCCAAGUUCUGCAGCGAGAACGCAGCGCAGGCGCUGCACCUCGGGGAGCGCAUGCAGGAGGCCAAGAAGCUGCUGGGCUCCCUGCAGCUGCUCUUUGACAAGACGGAGGAUGUCAGCUUCAUGAAGAACACCAAGUCUGUGAAAAUCCUAAUGGACAGGACCCAGACCUGCACAGGCAGCAGCCUUUCUCCCCCUAAGAUCGGCCACCUGAACUCCAAGCUCUUCCUGAACGAGGUGGCCAAGAAGGAGAAGCAGCUGCGGAAGAUGCUAGAAGGCCCCUUCAGCACACCGGUGCCCUUCCUGCAGAGCGUCCCCCUGUACCCUUGUGGCGUGAGCAGCUCAGGGGCGGAGAAGCGCAAGCACUCGACGGCCUUCCCUGAGGCCAGUUUCCUAGAGACGUCGUCGGGCCCCGUGGGCGGCCAGUAUGGGGCAGCGGGCACGGCCAGCGGCGAGGGCCAGUCAGGGCAGCCCCUGGGCCCCUGCAGCUCCACGCAGCACUUGGUGUCCCUGCCGGGCGGCGCCCAACCAGUGCACUCAAGUCCUGUGUUCCCCCCAUCGCAGUACCCCAAUGGCUCCGCCGCCCAGCAGCCCAUGCUCCCCCAGUAUGGCGGCCGCAAGAUUCUCGUCUGUUCUGUGGACAACUGUUACUGUUCUUCCGUGGCCAACCACGGUGGCCACCAGCCCUACCCCCGCUCCGGCCACUUCCCCUGGACAGUGCCCUCGCAGGAGUACUCACACCCGCUCCCGCCCACACCCUCCGUCCCCCAGUCCCUUCCCGGCCUGGCGGUCAGAGACUGGCUCGACGCCUCCCAGCAGCCUGGCCACCAGGAUUUCUACAGGGUGUAUGGGCAGCCGUCCACCAAACACUACGUGACGAGCUAACGCCACGCGGGCAGCGGGGCGCUGGGGAAUCUUCCCCCCCAGCCCCCAGUGGCUCGGGAAUGAUGCAUCCAGAGACCUGCCCUCCUACCUUCCUUCCUGCCCUUCCUCCCUUCCCCCUUCAUUCCCCCAAGUGUUUUCCUUUUGGAUUUUGUUUUGUUUGGGGCUUGUUUUGAUUUUUUUUUUUUUUUUUUUUUAAAGAAUCUCCUGGACGCGGAGGUGACAGUGGGAGCUGGCCUGGGCCGGGGCCGCAGGUGGCCCCGGAGUUGGGAAAGCGUCUACCUCAAGGCGCUGAGCUCACUCGCUCUCUCUCUCUGUCUCUCCUUUUUCCUUCCACUCCUUCCCCUUCCCACCCCUGAGGCUGGAAGGAGCCUCAGCUUCCCCUAAAGCCUUGGGGGGAGGGGCAGUUUCCACCUCUCCUCGCCCAGCCCCAGGGGGAGGAGGGACCAGUGCCCACUGGCCUGCUUCUCCUCUUGUUUUUCUUUUGGGCAGUUUGAUCACUGGCCGGAUAAGGAAUGACCUGUAGAUCGUGGGGCUUUUUUUUUUUUUUUUUUUCUUUUCUCUUAAAAAAAACAGGAAUGAUUUCUCCUACUUCCUUCUUCUCACCAUCCUCCCAGAUGGAGUGCAAAGGCCACUUCUCAAGCAGCUUUUCGGCACCUUCAGCCUCAGAAUGGAAUCUUAAAGACAGGAACCCCAUGUCCAGGAAAGGGGAAAGGAACUUUGCCAAUGAUAGUGACCACAACAAAAGCAAAUAAUAAUAAUAUUAAUAAUAAUAAAGAGAAAUAAAAGAAAUAAUAAAAUAAAAAAACCAUAGCACAGCCCUUGUUGAGGUUAGUGGGAGAGGAGGGGUUGCCCGGAGUUGGGUCUUGCCUGGAUUUUGACACAGCAACUUCCUGUAGUGAGCACUUUGUAUGAAUCGUGGACUUCCUGUUCUCAAGGCGCAGGUAUUUAUUCUGUAAUCUGUCUAGAGCACACACGGAAAUCCAACCUUCUAAUAAACAUAAUGGCGCAGUCCCA